AUGCUCCGAAUCGCAAAGUCCCUUCCUUUCUUCGCGACCCAGGACGAAAACUCACCCCAAUCCUACAUCUGCCCAACGAACGGCUUCUCUAUCUCGGUCCCCACCAGAAACGGACUCGACAACUAUCAUGGACCAGGCAUGGUCUUCCAGGGACAGCUGAACCUCCAGCUCGUCAAGGUUGUCCCAUCCCCCUGUCUUCUGAGGGUCGUCUUUACCUGCCACUCGACCAUCCCCGACUCGACCCCUGCUUCGCCUACCUCAGAGUCCUCUCAUACCUCCUCCAAUCAUAGUGCCAGUAUCAUCAAGGGUCAGAACAUCUUUGAGGUCGAGCAUAUCCUGGCCCAGGACCAGCCUCUCCAGAUCAAGCGCCAUACCUUCAUGUUCAACAUCAAGUUUCCCCGCGUCAAUUUCCCUGCCUCCAUGACCGAUGGCGAUCGUGCAUUACUGUACUCUAUCCACUCUGAGCUGACGUUUGACUUGACGCCUGGAGAUCCAAGAUCAGAGGCGACUCUGCUGUCACCCCCUGUCCAUCUCAAGUACUUGCCCCUUGUCCCGACCUGCAUCCCCCAAUUCCCCGUCAUCGAGAUGUCCCAGGUGACUGAGCCACUAUCCAACAAGGUGCUCGUAAAGGCGAGUCUUGAAAGUCCCCAGCGCGGGGUCUGUCCUGGAGAGUCGCUACCCCUAUCGUUGACAAUCACAAACUCAUCAGAGUCAGACCUGACAACCAUCUAUGUUAGCCUCGUCAGGGUCAUGACCUACCCAUCAAUGCACUGCUCAACACCCACAGGUACACCACCACUCGACCCCGAGCCCGUUACUGUCCACUCAGAGUCCAUACCUAUCGCCCAGAUUGCCAACAAAAACACCAAUUGGAUGGAGUCCAUCGAGUUCAAAGUGCCCUCCAACCUCGGACUCGUUCCCACCACCAACAAAGUCAUCACCCCUGUCUACAAGGUCGAUUAUUACAUUUCCGUCUCGGUUCCCAUUGCUAGCCGGAGCAGCGGACUGGCCAGUUGGUUCACACCUGCCGUCAGGGCCCCCCCACCAGUCGAUAUUUCUUUGAUCCGUGGCACAACUGGAACAUCAGGAAACGAACAACAGCCCCAUCAGACACGGUUGGGCAUGCGCAAGCCCUCGAUCGAUAAGGUCAUCAAGGUCAACUUGCACAUGGACAGGAUCACCAAUUUCCACAGCAGUAUGAAGUGGCCCAGCUUGAUCCAGCUACCGCUGAUUCCCGUUAUCAUUGGAACAGUGCCCUACCACAUCACAGAGAAACAACUUCGGUGGCCCAUCCCCAACUACCUGGAUGUCAUGGACCGGCCGCGGUUUGUUCGUGAUCGGUUUGAGGAGGAGAUGAUGCAGCACCUCGAGAGUCUGGAGACGUUGGUUGUCGCAGAAGAGGAAGAUGAACAGGAGAUUGACGAGAUUAUCCAGGCAGCUAGGAAAUCAGCGUCAUCAGGGGAGAGCGAUGAGGAAGAGCAGCGUGCAAACGCCCGGAUCCCAAUACGGUUCAGAAACGGAUCUCAGCCUCGCCAGAGAGAGCCCAGUCUACCCUCGAUGGGACUUGACACCCCACCACCAUCACCGCCCACCAACUCUUCAAUGGAUGCUCACGGCCGGCCCGGAGCACAUACAUUGCCAAGAGUGGGUCGUCGGUCGAUGAGUCCCAAGGCGAGUGGACUGGGCAAGGGACUCUUGCUCGAGAUGCACCAAUCCAAAGUUCAACAGCAGAUGCAGUUUGAACUGGCUGGCAUCUAG